UGGGCUUCAACUCAUCCUAAAGAGAAUACAGUUCUACAAUUCCCAGGGAAUAAAGUGUCUGGUGUGGCAGGGAUCUACUUCUCUACAGAUUAUGGAAAAGCAGAGAUCAUACCUGUCCACCCUCAGAUCCCCUCCUCAUGGAAGGCUCUACGUCUUGGAAAACAUUUUGAAGGUGACCUGGAGUUCUUACUCCAGGGGAUUUCAGAGUUUGACUUCAGGCGGGAUUCCGUGUUAUCUGAGGUUCUGGUCCACGGACCACUGGCCUUCCCCAUUGGUACCACUGAGGAUGGAAGGGUGUUCCUGGCAGGAAGCUACUAUGGGAAGGGACGAGUCAUUGUGAUCGGACAUGAAGCACUUCUGACAGUAGAGAAACUGGCUCCAUUUUGGACCAAUGCCAUUGAUUGGUUGGACCAGGGCAGGAAGGGGGUCAUUGGUGUUGUGCCAAACCUCGGACUUGCCAGCAAGUCCGGGUUGAAGCAUGAGGAGACAAUGUUCAGGAGAGACCUGAGUGUAUUUGUGUGUACAACAUACGGUGAUCAUAAUGCACAGGAAAUCCAAGACUUUGUAGCACAGGGAGGAGGCCUGCUGAUUGGUGGGCACGUUUGGUACUGGACAUACAAUAAUCCAGGAAACCCAAUGACAGAAACCACAGGGAACAAGAUCCUGAACAAAAUGGGCUUGAGCCUGACACCAAACACAAUUGAAUCAGGUUCCUACAAGGCUCCUGUGCCAAGCCAGGCCAUGAAGGACACUGGCCACUUCCGUCAACGUCUACGCCAUUUUGCUGCUCAUGUUAUCCAGGGCAACAAACUUGCCAAGCAUGAGGAGGACGACCUUAAAAAACUGGCCAUGGAGUGUGACUACUUCUUGAAGUUGGAGGCUCAUGACAGCUACUCCUACAAUCAUGUGCUGUCCAUCCUCACUGAUGUGUUGAAGAAGUCUGGCAUGCCACAGGUGAGUGAGAAGAACCCUGUGAAGAGUCCCAGAGAUCACCUGCUCCUCAGUUUGGGGACAAAUACAUAUAAAGUGUCCCCAGAUCGUGAUGCUCUCCUGCCGUACCUCAUCGAGGUGGGCCCUCCGAUGCCUAUCAUGGAAAACCAAAGGAUCAGGAUUAAUGCCAACACGGCAGGAGGGGACGAGUGGAUCAGCACAGGUCUGUACCUUUCUCCUGGUAUGAAGACUGAGAUCACCAUACCAGCAAACAUCGUCAACAAGAGCUGGAAGAUCCAGAUAGGCUGUCAAUCAGACCACCUGGGUCAUGCAGAGUUAAAGAGAGCACCAUCUGUUGUUGAGCGAUUCGCUGUUACUGCAGAGAAGAUGCAGGUGUGG